CCGCUGUGUUAGUCACCGUGUUAAAGCAGGAGCCUGUCGGGGAUUGGGAAGGCGACGUAAAUCCUUCUCGGAGUAAACAGGAGUGUCUCCAAACUUUUUCCACAUGUGUGUCAAACGGGUUCUUCACUUCCUCCUCUUCCUCCCGGUGUUGCUCUUCACUUCAGGAUGGCAGGGCGUGGCUGCGAUGCAAGUGUACACGUCGGGUCGCGUGCAGGCGGUGAACGGCACGGACAUCCGGUUGAAGUGCACGUUCCAGAGCUCGCACCCGAUCAAACGCUCGACUCUGACCAUCUCCUGGAGUUUCAGGCCUCUCCGCCCCGGCAAUGAGGAGACUGUGUUCUACUUCCAUGAGAAGGCAUUUCCUCCAAGCGAGGGUCGUUUCCAGAAGAAGGUGGUGUUUGUGGGGGACGUUUUGUCGAGUGACGCCUCCAUCUUGGUCCGGGACGUGAUGUUCAGCUACAACGGGACAUUCAGCUGCCAGGUGAAGAACCCGCCCGACGUCCAUGGGAAUGUUGGAGAAAUUCAACUACGGGUCGUCGCUUCAGCUCCUUUCUCUGAGAUCGUUAUUCUCGCCGUGGCCAUCGGCGGCGCUGUGCUGCUGGCGAUUGUUGUCCUGGCCAUCUGCAUGUUCGUACGCCAGUGUCGGAAAAUGAAAAGGAUGGAGCAAGAACGAGUCCCUCAAGAACGAAAAGACCUUGUGGUAUGGUGAGAGACGCAGCGACGAAUGGGGUGGAGGAACGAAUGUGAAGGACAAUGUGACGAUAUAGGGAGAGCAUGUAUUCAUCAAAUCUGCACUUCCUCUCCAGUGCCCCCUCUGGCAUGGCUGUGCUGUAUGUGUGUAUUGAUUUUGUUACAUGGUGUGUGUGUGUGUGGGAGAGAGAGAGAGAGAGAGAGAGAGAGAGAGAGAGAGAGAGAGAAUAAAUGUGUGCCUUCUAAUACUGUUUCCAAUACACUCUUAUGGACUCAGAAGUCAAUUCAGCUGAAAUAGAUUUGACCUUGACAGCAAGGACAAUGCACAUGAAGCGAUUUGCUAUCAUAUUAAGCUGAUAUAAACACCAUGAACCACUGUUUUUUAUCUACUUGUACACACUUGAUUACAAUCCUACUGGCACACUGUUUAGCUAAUUUUAUUACCAGCCAGCAGAGUAAAGCAACAAAAAGUCGUAAUUACAUCUAUAAAGUGAAUGCAGCUUGUUAACUACAAUGCCAAGGAUUGAGGAUUAGCCUUUACUAUAACUCUAGUUAAUAAGUCGUGCUACCUUCAUACCAUGUGCAAAAAUUCAGAAGGAUGGAAAAACCUCCCUAUUAUUGGACCUCAUUUAAGUAUAAUGCUAGUUUCUGGGUUAGCCUGUUUACUAUAAUGCUAGUUUGUGGAUUACCUAUUUACUGUAAUGCUAGUUUGUGGAUUUGCCUGUUUACUGUAAUGCUAGAUUGUGGAUUAGCCUGUUUACUGUAAUUCUAGUUUGUGGUUUAGUCUGUUUCCUGUAAUGCUAGUUUGUGGUUUAGUCUGUUUCCUGUAAUGCUAGUUUGUGGUUUAGUCUGUUUCCUGUAAUGCUAGUCUGUGGGAAUGGAGAGGGGAGGAAUGUAACAGUUUGUCUGAUAGUGAUGACUUUAAUAAAAUCGAUAUGCUUUAUAUUACACUGUA